AUGUCUUUCGACCAAAUGAAUCUUCCACAGCCUUGCCAAAUACACCUAAAAGGUUAUCGUGAAAGUGAUAUACAAGUUUCCCCAUAUGAAACUGUUGGAUAUAUAAAUGAGCAUUUUAAUGAUAAUGAAAUCCGACUUGUUUACAAAGGGAUGCUACUUGAUCCGAGUCUAUCAUUCUCAUACUAUAAUAUUCAACACGAUGAUACAAUCAUAGUCGUACAACCACGACCUGUCUCAUCACGCAAAUCAAGACGUGAGCAUGACUCAGAUAGUAUGAUGGAUAUACAUUACGAAAGGUUAAUGAAACAGAAGAAACUUAUGAUGCAAGAAAAGGAUAAUGCCCAAAAUGAUAUGAUUGCCCUAGAAUCUGCUCGACUUUUAGAUCUUUCAUUCAAUAAAAUUUCAUAUCGGCCGACAUCCUACCGAAGGAUUUGCAAGAUUAUUAAGAAAAAAUCAGAUAACCUUGAAAAUUCUUUUGAAACACAAGGAACAGUUCUUCCGGAAAAGGCUCUUACGCCAUGUACGGAGUUCCUCCCAUUGAUAUCAUCCAAUUCUGAUGCUCAAUCUAAUUAG